AGAACGAGAAAUAGUGUUGGAAUUGGAAAGAAUGCGAACAAAGCAUGGUGUUCUCAAAGGAGACACAUCACCAUCGCGCCUAGAUAAAUUUGUAAAGACAUUAGAAGAAGAGCGGGAUUAUUACAAAGGUGAAGUGGAAUACCUGCAAGAUAUGAUAUCUGCAAAGGGUAGCCCAGUCUGUUCUCCAAGACGUGGACGAAGCCCAGUGCGAGUUUCGCCUGUGAAGACUAGUAGCCUCAGCACUGAGCUGUUACAGGCUAUCAGAGAGCGAGACGAGUUACAAGCAGUGUUGGAUAAUUUUGAGCAACACAUGGCAGAAAUCCAAUCCAAUGUCAAGAUGGUGACAGCAGAACGAGACAGGUUACUUAUGAUUUAUGAACAGAAUCAAGAUGAGUUGAACAAGUUGAAAAAGGAAGUGCUAAUAUCACCGAUCUGCCAAAUGCGUGUGGAAGAGGAAAGAGAUGAAGCUAAAGCAGAUCUGAAAAGAAUGGCAGCUGAGAAGGAGACUUUGAGAGAAAGAAUGAAGAGCAUCCUUGAAACAGCUGAUCUCAACACAAAACGGAUGGAACAGACGAUAUCACAGUUAGAAAAUAAAACAUGUGACCUUGAUGAUGAAUGCUUCAACCUCAAGAAGAAAGUAGCAAAACAAAAGGAAGAAAUUGCAGCACUUGAAGAAAAAAACAAGUGUCAAUCACAAAAACUCUCGCAGGCCAGUGAUGAUGUUGCACAGCAAAAGGCAGAGCUGAGUUCAGUUAGGUUGCUGAAUGAACACCUGGAGAAGUCUCUUGCAGACUUACAGCAUCGGUUGAGUGCGAAAACCAAGGAGCUUCAAACAUCGCAAGACAGAAUUGACAGACAAGAGGAGAGACUAGAUGAGUUCAACCGACAGAAUUCUGCUCUACGAGAAGAAAUCAACUUAUUAAAAACUACAGUAUCUGCUCUAGACCAGGAAAAGGAUUGCCUGCAGGACGCUGUAGAUGACAAAACGGAAAAAAUUGCUACUUUAGAAGAGAACCUUGCCAAUCGGGAAAAGGCGAUAACAAAUAUGAAAAUUACUGUGACUGAACUAGAAUCUGCAUUAGACCUUUUGAAUGACACCCUAAGUAACCGAGACCGGGAAAUAAAUUCCUUACGUCGGCAACUAGAUUCUAUUCAUAAGGAUUCAGAGGAAUUAGAACAGUGUCGAGAUGCUGCAUUUAAAGAAAAUCGUUGUUUGCGAGAUGACUUGGCUCAAAUGACGAGGGAAAAUCAGGCAGUCACAAAUGAGUUGGAACAAGCUUUGCAUGAAAAGGAUGAGUUAAAAUCAAGAGUGCAUAACUACAUCAAUGAAGUGGCAAGAAUUGAAAGCUUAAUGGUUGCCAAGGAACAAGAACUCCAUCAUAUGCUGGAGCAAUUCCGAAUGGCGAGUAAUCAGGCUGAGAACUGGGAGAACAAGGCUCAUCAGGCAGAGGGCGAAAGUAGCUCAAUUCGAUUAGAGCUCCUGUCUGUAGACACAGAGAGACGGCAUCUUGAGGAAAGAGUCGGCAAGCUUGAAAAGGAAAUAGAGGAGCACCUAGCUGCCCAACAAGCAUAUGAGAAAGAGAUUUCCUGUAUAUCUAAAAGCAUGAGCAAACUGGAAGAAGAGUUGCGGCAGACGCAGGCUGAGAAAUGCCAUGUUUUAGGGGACCUGGCUUCAGUCAGAGAACUGUGUGCCCAACUGGAUUCGAAUAAGGAAUUGCUUUCACGGCAACUUACUUCUAAGAAUAUGGAACAUGAAAAGACCUUAAGUGAACUGGAAGAUUUGAAGUCCGAAGUUGAAGUUUUAAAGAAACAGAUGUGUACUGAACGGGUCACAGUAAAGAACCUUGAGACAUUGUUGACAUCAACUCGAGAAAAGGAGUUUCAGUAUCAUCUGUCAAAGAAUGAAAAAGAGUCAGAAAUACAGCUUCUUGGAGACAAGCUGACUCUAGCAGAGAGCAAAGUAUCAAGCCAGAAUAGAGAAAUAGCUCAGCUUCGUGCUAAGUCUUCGCAACUUCAAGCGGAGCUUGACCUUAUCAAACGUCAACUAACGACAGAACGUUUUGAAAGAGAGCGUGCAAUUCAAGAGAUGCGUCGGCAUGGCCUUUCUACUACCAUCAGCUCCUUAUCUCCACUCAGAACAUCAGUGAGCCCUGUUUCACAUUCACACGAUAUGGGCUCGCCUAAAAAAGUAUCAGACUAUUGUACUGACUGUUAAAUGACAAAAGUUUGUUUUAAGGAGUAUCCUUUACGAAAGCCAGUUGAAUGUUUCACAAAUGGAGCUACAGUUCUCACCAAAAGAGCGUAUCUGAAGUUGCAAGCUGAAUCUUUUGCAGUAUUGAUUUCAUCACUCUGCAGAAUUUUGAAAUGAAGCAAUCUAAGUUCAAGGCAAAUUUUUUUUAUUACAUUUCUAGUCAUUGGAGUGAAUUGUGAUAACUCCAUGACACUUCAAUGUUCUAUACACAUUUGUCAGCUUGUUUAACAUUUUAGUGUUAUUAAAAUAUCAGCAUUUUUCCAAUUGUUCAGAUAACAUCUAGCCUGUGCUUAAAGUAGGUUUGAACUUCUGCAUUACACUGCUUAUUAAAAAAAAAAGAGCUUGCCCAACCAUAUUUUUGUUCUGUGAUGUGUGACAGAACAGCAGCAACAUUUAGGCCCUUUCUCAUUUUCAAAUGACUGCACAAUAUUCGAAUUGGAGAUUGCAAUUGAUCAAUUUUCAAAUAGAUUUUCUUAACAUCUUUAUUGAGCAUAUAUUUACAUAUGUACAUAAUUACUUUCGUGAGCUUACAUAUACUUCACAGGAUCAAAUCUACCAUAUUAAUAUAAUGAGAAGUGAACCAUAAAACAGUUUUUUUCCAGCUACAGUAAAGCUACAAGAUGAUAUAUGAAGCAAAUAGGAAAAAAGAAUACUCCUUUAUAAACAAUGUGAAUUAAAGUUUACUGAAUUAUUGAAUCUAAAUAUGGUGUUAUUAAUUUUAUAUUUUCCUAUAUAAUCUCUCAAACAGGCCCAAUAAAAUGUGGCACUGAGAUUUAUUCAAUCUUAUGUAAUGCCCAUUUUAUGCUGUAAAUAUCUGUACUAUACUGUCAGUCAUAAUGAAGAUUUUUUUUAUUCUGCAAAGAUAUUUUUGUAUUGAAUUAGGAUUUCAGUUUUAUAUACAAGCUAUUUUUUAAUAUGUUUGUUCUCAGUAGCUGUGACUAGUAUUUUUGCUACCAUUCCCAAAAUUGUCUCUUCUUAUUAAUAACUGUCAUUGAUGUGUCAUCUUAUACUUGACCAUACAAUAUAAACUGAGAUUUUACCAUCUUGAUAUUCUCUUGAGGCAUACCUGUAGUAAAAUGGGCUAAUAACAUGUUUAAUAAAUGCAAAUGAGCUUCUUAGGCUGGAUUUAACAAUGUUUUAACAUAGCUACUAAGAAAUCAGUAUUGAUUUCAUGAGUGUAGUUCAUAACUAUAUACAGUAACUAUUAAAUGGCAACUUUAUAUUUUGAUUAAGUAUAUUUUGCUUAGACUUCCUUAUGCCAUGGAGAUUCCACUGGAAUAAAAUAAGUGAAACCGGUUACUGAUUUUAAAAAGUGAUGGUUUUCACAUUAAAAUAAGAUCUUUUAUUCAUAUUAUCCAGUUAGAUAUUCCAGGACUGUGGUCCUAAUGUCAUAUAAUAUGGCUGCCUCAAAUUUUUACAGCUGUUUGUCAUUACAAAGUGAAGUUUUGGAUAAUGGUACAGAUUCACUUAAGUGGACAUUUGUUUUCGUGAUGCAUACCUGUAAGAUUUAUUUAGUAUUCCAAAUUUUGAACUGCAUUAAAUUAUCUUCAGUUUAUCUUUGUUAUUUAAAUGAUUUUAGAUUUGUUUAUAUUUUUGUUUUAGUACUGACUAGAUGCCAACUUUUGGAGUUUUUUUUGCCAAUUGUAUUUAACCCAGUACCUAUUUAUUAAAAUUUUUAAUAAACAUUAAUAAAAAUUUGAGGUUAU